AUGGUCAAGCCACAAGAUGACACUCCACACCCGCCUAAGAAACCAUCACCGGUGAAGGUAAAGGCCAAGCCGGCCACAACCACCAAGGCCAAGAAAACACCAUCUUCGAAACCUACAAAGCCGAAGCCAGUACAGGCAAAGUCCAAUGGCGUGGCAGCAGCGAAGCCAAAACCUGCCGUGGUAGAGCCUAAGCGGAACCUAUGGGAAGAGGCGUGGAUGUCCGUCGAUGUGGGCGACGCGAAUAGGAAGCGUCUGACUCAAAAGUGGCAAGAUAGGAACGUCAAUCGGAUAGGAAAGUUGCCCAAAGAGUACGUAGAGGGUGUUAUGAACCUGACUAAAAGCAAACUACGCAUUCAUCAGGAGCGAUGGCCGUCAAAAACGAAGGGGAACGCAUAUGAUCGUGCAAGUUCUAUCUUGAAAUCGGUCAUGACCGUUCAGGCGUUGGGCGAUGUGGUCGUCAAAUUUGAUCCGACAGGCUAUGCGUCUAUCGCAUGGGCGGUGGUUUCCUUUGGUCUGACGCUUAUCCAAAACAACCAGGAACGGAUGCAGCGCAUCUGGGAAGCCUCCGAAUACCUUGCCGUACUUCUGGCUCGAUAUUCUCGCAUCGAGGCUCUUUACCACCGAGUCCAGGUGUCCAAUGCGGCCGAAUUAGGGGAUGCCAUUGUCAAUGUGUACAUAUGUAUACUACAGUAUUCCGCAAAAGUGAAGCAGUCGGUUACAUCGAAAAGAUUAGACCGAAUUAUCCAGAGUUUCAAAUCGCUUACUCAGGAACCGCUGAAGGACUUGCAGAACGCCAUUCAGGGAAGCGACGAGAUGGUGGAAAAGUGGUUUCGGCAAAUAAUGGCUGAGCAGCAGCAAUCCAUGUUCGAAACCCAAGAGGAGGAGAUGAAGCAAGUCAAGAAGAUCCAGACUAUACUAGGGGACGUUAACAAGAGUACAUCUCUGAUCAUGAAGGGGAUUGUGAAGAUUGAUAAGACGCUUUCAGCGGAAAUUCAAACACAGCUACUUGAAUGGCUGUUCCCCAGCGAUCUAGCUGCGGCCAGCGAUGGCAAGCAUAGAAAGCUAAGGUCUGCCAUUGUAUCCAGCGAUGCUACUGAGGUAGCAGGGAGGUGGUUGCUUGAGCGUCGGGAAUAUACAAGCUGGGUGGAUAAUCCACAAUCCUUACUUUGGCUGCAUGGUGAAUCUGGAUGUGGAAAGUCGUCGUUAUGUUCGACCAUCAUCAAUCAACUCGAAACGUUGUUCAAGAAAGACAAAAACAGGGUACUAUUGCGGUGGUACUUUCGUUUUGAUGAGACGGACACUACAUGCAUCGACUUGUUGUUGCGUUUUGUGUUACGACAGCUGGGAAGUAGCCUUGGGGGCUUCCCAGAAGAGAUAUCUAGUGCCUUAGUCGAGGACCGGAAGUUCGCACGUUAUCCAGACACCAAGACACUCAUCGAGUACCUGCACAGCAUCUUGUCAGUGCUUGAGCUACAGAAGGACGUCUUCAUAGUUCUAGAUGGCCUCGACGAGGUUCCAAAAGAAUCACAAGAUCGAGAACGUCACAAACUUCUCGAACUCAUUAAACGAUUGGCUCAGUCGGGACUUUCGAACCUACACAUUCUCCUGGUCAGCAAGAAUGAAGAAGAUAUACGAGAUUGCCUUCGCGGACAUCUGAAAGACAUACUUGUGGAAACUGACGUAGCGGAAGGGCUCGAAAUUGAUAUUCGCAAUUACAUUGACACGACAAUGCAGCACGGUGAUGGCAUCAGCGAUCUCCCUGUUUCCCUAAAGUCACGUAUUCGGACACGACUUACUGAAGGAGCUAAAAAGAACUUUCUCUGGGCUACAUCGUUGGUUCAGGAAAUACGCGAGUGUCGAAAGGACCCUAAGAAAAUUGAGGCAAAACUGAACGAAGUUCCGAUCAGCAUGGUAGCCAUUUAUGAGAAGCAUUUGAGCUCUGUGAACGCAAUUGAUGGGAAGUUCUUAAGAUCAAUGUUCAUAUGGCUUCUGAGACAACUACGGCCGCUUACUCAAGAGGAAAUUGCCUCUGCAGUUGGCCUUCAUGACGCCGAUGCAGUUUACGAGAUCUGUACAGGCCGGUGGGUGACCCAGUCUACGCAAACCUUAACCAUUAAUCGCAAGAGCAAGAAGUGCGACAGAGUUCUUCGAUUCGCCCAUCUCUCUGCGAAAGAGUAUCUGGAGACACAGGUUCGCCUAGGUCAGCACAGCCUUAUAUCGCAGUUCCUUUGUUCCGAGGAACAGGCUCAUUUCGAAAUUACCCAACGCUGUCUUGAUGUCCUUUUGCAAUCGCUGAAAGCUGGGGACACAGCCAGUGCGAACAGAUUCGAACUGACCCUCAGAAGUUAUGCUGCCGAGUACUGGUUUCAACAUUACCAGUUAUUCGAGAAAGCUGACGGUAUGGCCAAUGAGCGUGCCUUGCUUCAAGGGAGGAUCCGUGGGCUAUUCCGGUCUGAACAAUUCGAUAAUUGGCUGGACUGGCUUGAGCCUGGAGAUCAAUCUAUGACCGGCAAGGAUGGGGCCCAAGCCGAGAGUCGAAGACAAAGGCGUGGCUCUCGGAUACACUACGCACUUAAGCUCAAUCUCGGGCCGGUCGUCGAGGAAUUGAUUCAAACUGAUCCUAAGGACUUGAACACACGCAAUGCUGACGGGGAGACAAUACUGCAAGUGGCAGUUUAUCGUGGCUAUAAGCAGAUCGUCGCGGACUUAUUGACGCAUGUCAACGUGAAUGCCGAGAAAGGUCCCCAUGGAACCGCACUAUAUGUGGCUUCCGCUCAAGGACAUCAUUCGAUAACCGAGAUGCUACUCAACUCCAAAGCGAAAGUAACCGGAACUGAAGAUGGAACGUUAGGCAAUCCUCUCCAUGUAGCAGCAUACUGUGGGAAUAGUUCUAUUGUCAGCCUGCUGCUUGCAGGUGGGCCAAAGGCGGGGAACUAUUCCGGGGGAGUCGCAGUCGACCAUAUAGCAGGAUUCUUUGGAACCGCCCUAGUGGCAGCGUCAGCAGCUGGUCAAGAGUCAACAGUGCAAAUGCUGCUUGAGCAUGGUGCCAGUCCCAAUAAGGUUGUUGGUAGACUCGGAACAGCGCUCCAGGCUGCGUGGAACGCAAGACCUGUCUCCAAAAGUAUUAUUGCAGCUCUCAAAGCCGGUGGAGCAAAGGACAAACACCAAAUUCAAAGGGCCUGGACUACAGCAUACAGGAGAAUGGAGAAGACUGACAGUUCUACUGUGGCGGCCUAUAGGAAGUUGUUCCUGCCACAAAAGUCCAUCACAAAGGAGCUUUCGCAGCGCCAGAAGCUGCUAGCUACCGCAUUGGACAAAUGGAGACGGCUUCCCUGUCUCUGGAAUCUGGAGAAUUGCCAGGCCAAUCUGGCUUCAGAUUACCCAUUUUCUGUGCCAUUUGUUGAACAACUGGAAGACAUCAAGAGAUACAUGAGCGGAAUUCGUAUGGACAAACAUGAACUAGAAAGUGAAGACUUCCUGUACAAGGCGUUGUUCUGGGCUGGGAUCAACCACAUCAUUGAGAACAUAGGAACGUUGAUUUCGGGAUGUAUGAGAAGCCUCGUCGAGGAUUCAUCAUCGCCACAGAAGUCCUCUGUCAACGAGUCGCCUCAAAUACCUCAGGCGUUCCUUGUUGGGCUGCCCAAGCAUGAAACGAAAGGGCUGAGUCCUUCAGACCUCAACGAUUUAGUUGCCAUGGACCUUGAUGUGCAGCGCGGAAGCUAUGACGAUGAGAAACUACCCGAAUCGAAAUCAGGACCACAACGUGCUGGUCUAAGGCCUGGAUAUUUGGCGACAGUUGAUCUGCUGUCCCAUGUCAAGGAUCUGAUUCACUUCGGCAGCAAGUGUACGCAGUAUCACGAACUCAUAAACGAUGGCCGCGAAAUACCGUAUCACACCAGAGCCAAGGUGGAAGACCUCACGUUUGAAGUUUACUCCGCUGUGAUGCGUCUUGCCACGAUUAAGAAAUGGGACCAUGAUUCUAUCGUGCUUCAACGUACCGUCAAGCAUCUGAGCACAAUCCGCAUUCCACGUAUCAGCGAUAUUGACUCUGCUUGCUGGAAGGACCUGACAUUGGCUGGGAUGUCCAGAGAGACCAGGCUCGGGGGCGAUGCAUUGGCAGAGGUUGCUAAGCAACUCCAAGGUACUGUUCAUGCCAAUGUGCAACCAAGCCUAUCGGGCCAGCUUGAUUCAAUCCGCGCUGGCUUGGUCAGUGACGUGCAAGUGAGCCUCUCUGCACUUAUCAAAGAGGAAUUACGGAAUGCAGUGGCGCAGUCUCUGCCUACUCAUGUGCCAGAGUCAACUAGACGUCCACAGUCUGGUAGGGCCGCUCAUGUCAUAUUGGCCGAACCUCGGUCGUGA